AUGGAUAAUGUUGAAGUGGAAGUUAAAAAGCAAUUGAAUUAUUUGAGAAGUCUAUAGAGUUACCUAUCAGAAUCAUCAGCAAAUCCUAAAGAUUUUGCAAAAAUAAUAGAUAUUUACAAAAACCCAAUUCAUAGAAUAUUAAAAUUAAAUUGUUAUCCAUUACUCAAGACUUUCCCCUCAUCUGAACUUGUUUGUUUAGAAUUAGAGAAAGAUUUUAGCAAUAAAGAUUAUGAAAUUCAAUUAUUAUCACUUAAGUUAGCAUAUUCGUUACCCAUCAGCAAUUUAAUGUAAAUUGUUAAAUCAUACGAUACAGCAUUUUAUUAAAUAAUUGAAUAGUAUAAUUCAACCAUUUAAUAGGUCCUCUGAUUUCCAUUACGAAAGAUUAUGUGCAGUCAAUUCUAUAUUGUAAUUAUUACUAACAAAAGAAACAGAAGUUGAUUCAAUAGAUAUGCCAAAAUAAACAAUAACUAAUAUUUACUUGAGAAUAGCUGAAAAUUGUUUUUCUAAUAAUAGAGAUAUCUCAGCUAAUUGUAUAAUAUGUUUAUCAGAAUUUCUAUAAAGUAAAUUAUAGAAUCCUAAUAAUCUUACAUAAGUCAAUUAUGAUAAUCAAUAAAUUAAAUAAUAUUUAUUGUGUCGAAUUCAACUUUUAUAUGAAAAAAUUUGCAGUUAUGAAAUUCGUAUUAGAUCUAAAAUGUUAUUUUUAUUAUCUUAAAUUUUGCUUGAUUCUCCUAAAUAGAUAUAAUAAUAAAAUACUAUUCAAUAAAAUUAGAAUACACAAAUAUAUAAAUUAAAUGUCAUGGAUUUCAAUAAUAAAAUUAUUAAAGCUGGAUUAUAUGAUAUUCUAUAAUAUAAUUUUGAAAUAGAUAUUAUAGUCUAAAUUUCCAAUUUCCUUAUUAAUAUUAUUUCAUAAUGCAAAUCAUAUGAAUAUUUUAAUACAGGUUAGAUUGUUUGGUAACUAUUUGAUUGUAUAGAUAAAUAUAUUAAGAAGGUCAAUUAUAAAAAAGAAUUAAACCAAAUAUUACUUUAAAUCCUAUAAUUAGAUAUGGAUUUGAAUACAAAUAUUGCUAUAUCAAUAAGAAUUUUAGAGAUUUCUUUCCUUAUUUAAAACUAAUUGACUAGACUUUUAUUUCUUCUUUAUUGUUUCAGUAAUUUAAUCUAAAAAUCAAUUGAAUUACUUUAUUAAAAAAAGACUAGUGCAAUAUUAGGAUUAUACAAUUAGACUUGGUUCCUAACUAAAAUAAAAGAUGAACCUGAAGAACUAAUCUGUUGUUUAAUUAUUGCAGCUAUACAUUAAGAAACUAAUAAAUCUAUAUUAUUAGAAAUAAUGGAAAUCUGUAAUGCUUUUAUUUGGGAUGGUUGUAAUAUUGAAGCCAUUAUUAUGUAUUUAUUAUUAAUUGAAGAAUGCAUAAAUGUAAUACCAUCAGAUGAAAUAAGAUUAGAUGAUUUAAUAAAUAGAAUGAAUACAAAUUAAAUAAGUUUCAAUUAGAAAGUUUAGACUCUAUUAAUAAUUACAAGAAAAUUCAAUGAAAAUAGUUUGAAUUGUAAAUUAGAUUAUAUAAAUAUAUUGGCAGAAUUUAGAACUUUUAUGAUAUAACCUGUAUAAACUUAAAUUUGUUAACUUAAUCUCUUGUAAAAUGUCUAUAAGAUACUUUAUUAUUUAUCAAUCAAUUUUCAUACACCUGAAAAUCAUAUCAAAUAAUAGAUUUUAGAAUUACUUUCAGAUUAUAAUGAUAAUUUAUAAUAAAGGAAAAAUGAUCAUAUAGCUGAAUAAUUGAUAGAAUACAAUCGUAAUUUUGUUAAAUCUCUUUAAUAUAAAGAAUUCCUUUAAUAAGAUCAAUUAUAAAUCAAAAUUAAUAAUUAAAUUGAUUCAAUCAAUCAAAAUUUAUAAAAUCUAACUACUUAUCAAAUAGCUUACAAUAUAUUUCAAUAAAAACAAUUUUCAUCUGAACAAAAUACUCUUAUUAUGAAUUUAAGAUCAUUAUAAUUACCUUCAAAAAAUAUUUUUACUGAAUUGUAGUUGAAUUCUAAAUUAAUUACUGGAGUUAGUGAUUUUGUUUAAAUCUAUUGUUCUCAUACAUUAGAUUUAUAAAAGUCUUGUAUCUGUUUAGGAAUUAGAGUUAUUAAUAAUUGCCCUUUUAAAUUAGAUAAUUUAGGAAUAAAAAUAUUAUUAGAUAGAAACUCUUAUAUUUAAAAUAAUUACAAAUUAAUAGAAGAGUUACCAUCAUAUUAAGAAAAACAAUUAUUUUAUGUUGUUAAAGUAAAUCCAAAAUUAUCUAUGCAUUUUGCUUUUGAUAUCAUUUUAUAAGACAUUAAGAAUGAAUCUUCAUUAUCUUUUGCUAUAAGAACAUAAAAUUAUAGAAUUAGUAUGCUUGAAUUUCUAAUACCAAAUACUUUUUUAUAUUUAUCAUAAAAUUGUUUUUAAUACAUAACAUAUGAUACUUCAUUAAUAAUAAAAUGCUAUUUAGAAGGAAAUUAUUUGUAACUUUAUAAGAAAUUGUUAUCAUAACCAUUUGCAACUGUUAUCUUAGAUAAUACAAAUCAAGUAUUUUAAUAUUCAAUUAAAUAAAACUUAAACCUUGAUUUGAUUACUUAAAAUGUAUCAAAAACAAUAAAUAUUGGAUUAUUGUCUUAUCUAAUUAAUGGUUAAAACUUAGCAAUCAUAAUAUCCAAUAUUUCAACAUAAUAAAAUUCAACAGAAGUCUUAUUAGAAGUAUUAAUAAUUAUAUUAUUUAGAUUAAAUCUGAUAAAAGUUGUAUUGAAAGCUUUUAAACGGAAAUUGAUAAAUUUUUAUUUGAAUUAUCAGAUGGAUUAUUAUCGGUAGUAUUAUGA